UUGGUGAAUGGAGGAAAUUUUAUUUUGUGCAUGUGCCCUUUUGGCUACGGGGUUAAAUAUCUUCCCAAGAUGGCUACUUUCGUAAGGCUGUAGGCUAUUUUCGCCCACUUACAAAGGGGAAGAAGCUUCGGUUUCGAUGAUCAAAAGCCAACUUCUUGUCAUCACUUAUUGCGGAUUAUCAUUUAUAAAAAAAAAGAUAAAAUUUAUAAAAGAAGUUCAUUAUAAUCCAUUCAGCUUAUAUUCCCAUCUUUUUUAAUUUUGCUUUGUUAAAGCUUUCAUAAAUAAGAUGGCGGACGAUCCAGGUCACCAAGCUAUGCUGUACUUUUUGGAGAUUCUCAUGUAUAGUAAUGCUCCAAUGAGUAUUAGUCAGCUAGCGGGUCGCUUUGGUAGUCGCAACUUUACCUCAGAAAUGCGACAGAGUGCUGGCGGAAAUGAAGCUGGCCUCAAGAAGUUUCUUUUGAAGUAUCCCUCCCUAUUUUCUGUAAAUGGUAACCUGGUCAGCCUCAACGAUGGUACUGCUCUUGGGGGGAAUUUUCGAGAGUCAAGUCCUGCCUCGUCCUCUGGCCACUCUUGUCUUCCUGAUGUCUCUACUGAAACAGAGGCUGUUCAAUUCUUUAGGGGGAAGAUAUUAAAGAAAGGAGACAAGUGGAUGCCAGUGAAGAGCUUAGCUGGGCACCUUUCUCAAGCAUCACCAGAAAUAAGAGAAUGCGUUGGGCCUCAGAACGAGUUUCUUACUUUUUUGCUCAAACACCCACUUAUUUUCGAAGUAAAAGAAGACAAUGUAUGCCUUAAAGACAACAUCCGCUGCAACGCUGCUGAUACAGAUUCAUCUUCUGAACCACCGGUGCUGUUGCCAACUACACCAAAGAUCAAACGUCGGCCAAAGUCGCAGGAUGUUUCCGAUGCACCCAAGCCACUUUCUGGUCGUACUGUUACAGUUGCUCCAGCACCAGUAACUGCAGCAACAACUAAAGCGGGUCCUGUUACAAUGACAGCAAAUGAAUACAAAGCUGUUAUGUUCAUAAAGAGCAUCAUCCAGAAAAAAGGAGAUAUGAAAGUUAACAGUCUAUCAGGGCAUUUUAGUCAGGCUCCUGAAAGUCUUCGUAACACUAUCGGUUGGAGCAAGCCAGAACUUCACCAGUUUAUCUCAACUCAUGAUAAUAUUUUCACGAUUGGUGAAGAUGAAGUUGUUUCAGUGAUUAAGAACACAAGAUUAAAUGUCAUAAUUACAGGAAGCAGGCCACAUGUGCAAACUAAGCCCUCUGUCAGUGGUAGAAAGGGCCAGAUUUUUCAUGUGGCUAAGCUGUGGGGCAUCAUAGACCUCGGUAUGCAUGAACAUGUCUUUAUUGACAGAACAAUUUUCGGUAAGAAUAUUGAUGAUCUGAACAAGCUCCUUAAAAUUGGUGAGUGGGUAUUCUUUGAUGCAGUUCCUGCCCCCAAAGGUAGCCGAGCUCGUUGGAAGGCAACAAAAGUCUGGAAAGAGAAUGAAUCUAUUGAAGAUUUAAUUGAAAAGGUUGCAGCUAAACUUGACCUUCCUAUUGAUGGUAUACCAAGGGAACCUCAGACACCCCUUGGUAAUAUGAACGAUGAAAUAAGAAAAAUUUACCCAGAUCUUGAUGACAGCACGUUUUCAAGCACAACCCCACUGAAUAUUGGGGGGAUCAAAUAUUCUUUUCAAGACGCUGCUCCCAGUGGUGCAGGUGUGGUUCCAGUCUGGAACUUCCAUCAUGUAGAGCUUGAAGGAAUGAAGGACGUAGAUGAGCUGAACUUCAGUGAUGAUGAUGGAGACAUUUCACCUCAAGUUUCAAUGGUGGCAGAACGACAGUACAUGAAUAGAUCUGUACUGAUGGACAGCCCUAGGGGACAGGUGAAGAACAGCAACAGCUCUGACAGCUUUGUAAACAGCUUAGAAUCUGACGGCACAAAAAAGUUUGCAACUGUCGGCUGCCAGACUAUCGUCACUGGAGAUGUUUUAGCAACCCAGCUGUUCCAUGAAGAUCUGUAAAUUCACACUGAAUUGAUGUGAAAUUUUAAACUUUUUACAAUCAAUAUAUUUAUUUUCAGGUAAGCUUUGUUUGUAUCAAGAAAUCAGUAUAGUAACAAGUACAAUCAACUUGUAUUUUUUUUUCACUUUGAAAACAUUUUUUUAAAUAGAAAAUUACAAUGUUGGGAAAAGGAAGAUUACAAGCUUGCUUAGGUAUAACUUAGGAAUCUAGCAUUAAUUUUUUUUUCAGUUUCUUGAUAAUCCUCAUUUAAUUUUUUAUUAACAUUACUAAUAAAUCCUUUUUUUUUCUCAUUUGGAUAUAUUUAUGCAAAUUUGGAAUGUUUAUAAGUAACACUAAGUUGCUUGUUAGUAUAUGAUUAGUAUUUGUAGAACUUUGCACUGAUUACCAAGAAGGUUGAAAUUUGUAUGAUACAUUUUUUUCAAGUUGGAAAAUAUUAUUGUCAGUAUAAAAAGUCUAAAUUUUAAGAUUGAUUUAAAAAUCAGUGCUGUGUGAUAACUUUGUAAACACUUUAUACAAAUACUAUUUAUUAGCAAAAGAAGCUGUUUACAUAUUUUUAAACUUGUGAUUUAAAAGUUUACUAAGUCAUGUCUAUUAUUUUACAGAAAAAUUAUAUUGAAUUUAUAGUAAUACUUUAAAAAUUUUCUUACAAUACGUAAGUAACAGUAAUUUGAAAGAUUUAUUGUCAUUAGUUUGUUGUUACCCAAAAUAUGGUGUACACAUUGGUGUUAGAUUUGAAAAUGUCAACCAGUCUUCCAGAUAAAUUUUGUUGGAUUGCUGUCUUGCUGCUCAGAUGACUAUGUAUCUUCAGCAGCUCAAAGUGGUUUUAGCAACAAAAUGUAAAAGUAAUGUAAUAUGCAUUUAAAUAAGCAAAGGGGAGAGAGAAAUGCAAGUUAUUCAAAUGUUGAGUUGUUUUUUUUUUAACCUAGAUAUUUACUCCACAAUUAGACAUGUAAAAAAGGAGACCGUUGAGUGCAUUUUAAAAAAUUUAUUGUGAUUGAAAGGGUGCUUGAAAUGUGACACACCCAUUACAGUCAGAGAACUAGCACAAUAAUCAACUUUUGCCAAAUUAGCUGCUUUACUAAGUUCAUUAAAAAUACUUGAGCAGUUUAAUUUUUUGAUCACAUAAUAUCAUAAUUCAACUUAAUCUUGAUGUGCAUCAAAUGUGCAAUUUUUAAAAACGUGAAAUUCAUGGUAAAUUAUUAUGUAUUUUAAGUUAGUGAUCUCUUAUUUGCUAACUUAGAUAAAAAGAAACAAUUUAAACUUUUUAUUUUUUAUUUAUGUAUAAAUCUUGUAGUAAAAUGUAUUCUACUGUCUUAUUCAAGUAGUGUGUUUAUGAAAUAUUUACUCUUUGAUAAUAAAUCAGUAUUGUUAUUUUUCAAAAGUAAGAAUAGAAGUUCCUUAAUUUUAAAAUACUCUGAUUUUUUUUCUAGAAAAGUAACUUGUAUAGCUCCAUUUUUAGAACAUGUAUUUUUUAUCUUAGGAUUGUGGUAAUUUUUGUAUUUAGAUAUUAAAAACUACACAAAUUAAUUCGGCAUUUUAAUUGUCCUACUUUGAUUAAAAAAAAUUAAAAUAUAAUCUUAAAAAUGUAUUUACGUUUAAAACACUUGUUUUAAAUUAAGGGCUGUGAAAUUAUUUAAAGAAAUGAACGCAUUAAAAAUUAUUUUGUAUAGAAGUAUGUUUUAAUAUUUUUAAUAUUAAAUAUGUUGAGCUAAGUUUAUAUGCAACAUAUUACCAUACUUAUUCCUUUCAUUCUCUUGGGAAGUACAAACAUUUUUGUUUAACAAUUGUAAUUUAACAAUGCUUGUUGUAUACAUGGUCUGAUAUAUCUUUUUUUUUUUUGGUACCCAAGGUACUUAAAUAAUGUGCCUUGUUACUGAUGGUCAACCCUACCUCACAAUACAGCACAAACUACAGUGAUUGUGAACAUGUGUCAGUGUUGCUACACAAUUUAAAUGAGUUGACUUCAGACAUUUUAAUUCAAACUUUCGGUAGCAAUGUGCAUUAUUUUAUGUAUGAAACAAUAUUCCAGUUUUGGUGUUGUUUUUUUGUGUCUCUUUUUAAAAAGUGACAGAAUGUUACAUUAAUACUUUCAUCUUAGACUGUUGCCUGACCAGUUUAUAUAGAACUGCUGAUGAAGGAUGGCAGUUGUUUUAUUUUGUUCUUUUGAGAUGAUGGACUACAACUUAAAUGUGCAGGUGUGUGGUACAGAGCCCUUGGUUUUCAACUUUUUGCUUAAGGGCUAACAUCACUUUAAAAUCUAACACUUGAGCAAAGGAUUUAUUUUUUCAUUUAUCCAUGUGUAAUACAGCUGCAAGUUUGUUGGUUUUAAAUCUCUCUCUAUUAAAGUUAUAUUUUGUCCAUUUCCUUUGGUAACAAUUAAGGUGGUUACAAAAUCACACACUAUGGUUUUUUUGUUAACUUAUAAAAAAUUCAUCUUAAGCCUUUUCUACCAUUAGGAUUAAUUUUCAUUGUUGUUAUAAUUUUUAAAAAUCUGUAUUGAUUUUAGUUUUUUUAAAAAAAGAUUUUUUUCCAUUUUACCUCUAGCUUUUAAGACUUAAAGCAAUGAAUGUAAAUUUUGUUAUCAUAGAAAACAUUUUUAACUAUCUUAUUUUGUUGAACACAUUUUUAUUUCAAUACAAUAUAUAGGUGAAGAUGUGUGUUCAAUUAAAAAAAUAAAAUUUCGAUUCACAACUUAUGUUGGAAGAAUGCUUAACUACUAAAAUCUUAAUUAGGGUUACUAUUUUUAUGUAUGAUCUUGCCAAAAAUUAGCUUCUCAAUUUUGAAAUUUAAUAUUGUAUGCAAGAAUGAAAAAGAAACCUUGUAAAUAAGUAGCUGUAGACUAUUAUUUCUGGAUCUCAAGUUGUUGUCCAACUCACCUGCCUGAUGAACUCGGUGCAAGAGGAAUGCUAAACUUUAACUCAAGAUUGCCUUCUUGUCUAUAGUUUGAUGUGACAGGCUGUGAACUAGUAAAGGAACUGCAUCAGUUCAUGCAUGUUUGUCCCAUCACAACUUUGUAUAAUACAUUUUUUUUUACCCCACCCUUUGUGCAAUAUAUCUUGUAAUUGUUUCUCCAACUAGAAAUAUUUAACUUGCAUUUGUUUUAUAUUACUAACUGUUAGUGUUAAAUUUAACAGUUUUAUCAGCUUUUGUGGCUGGAUUUUUUACUCCCGUGUGUUUGUAACAAGAAUCAUUUUGUAAUAAUGGUCUGUUUAUAAAAUAAUUGAUAUUAUUUUUUUAAUUGAUCACAUAGUUUGAAAGUUGAAGAAGAGUACAUGAAUGAUUAACUAAAGGUUUUAAGGAAGAAUUUGCAUUAGUUCUCCAAUAUUAUUUUAAAAUAAUUUUCAUUGUGAUUGUUUUUUGGACCAUUCAAAAUAUUUUUUUUGUUAUUCAGAUUACAAAAAUUGACAAUUCACUUAAGAUCUGUUAGCUAGUCAAGUUGCCAGUAAGUGUGUGUAAACUGUGUUUUGGUUUUAGUACAUUCUAAUGUAAGUUUUUUUUAUUAUACAUGUUAAAGAUACUUCUGCUUGGGUUCCCCUUUGUGCCAAGAAAAAUGCACAUCUCUAUCCUGCUGUAGUUGUAAUGUAGGUGUAAGCAUGUUUUUACAUUUUAAUGUUUGUGUAUUGUUCGACUUCACACUUUUAGAAAUGCUUUAACAUUUUUAGAAAUUUUCUUUACUAAGCUUGACAUUUUUUUAAUGCUAAACUCCACAAAAAGGUUUUAAGACUAAAGCUUGUUGUUGUUAAAAGCAAUAUAUGUGAGUAUAUUUUUUUUCUGGGGUAAACAAGACAUUCUUGUGAUGUGCUGCUUAACUAUCAAUAAAUUCAACAUAAUACUACCAGUA